AUGUUUUUUUUAAUAUACAUUUUAUUUUUUACUUUAACAUAUGGACAUAAAUGUUCAUUUAAAAAUUCAACAAAAUAUCAACAUACAUAUUUAUGUCAAGAAAAAUUAAAUACAACAUCAAUACGUAUAUGGUUACAUAUGAAAUUCAAUAAAAGUGAACAUGAACAAAAUUUCUUUUUAUAUUAUACAUUUACAUUAAGAGUAAUAGAUCUUACACAGAAACAUAAAACACAUUUAAAAGAUCACUUUGAAAAACAAAUAAGUGAUUAUGUUAAAAUAAAUUUCAAUGAAAAAGAAAAUAAUACAAUUAAUAUUCAUAAUUUACCACCAGGCCGUUAUGAAAUAUGUGUUAAUUUUUUAAAUAAUAAAACUAAAAAUUUUUAUUAUCGUUCAUCAACUAGUUGUUUAUAUGUAUCAUGGAAUGUGCCUGAAUAUGAACAUAAUCAAGCACAUCUUAUGCAAAUGUUACUUAUUAUUAGUAUUAUUAUUUUAUUAGCAACAAUCGUUUUUUUUAUAUAUGCUUUACAUCAAUAUUUUGCACCAGAAAUACUUCCAGUUGUUGUGGAUCAUAUGGAUGAAAAAGAUGAAGUUUCGGAUAAUAGUGAACGCGCUAAAUUACUUAUUCAUAAACAUUUUGUACAAGAUGUUAACCCAUUUGCAUCAUCAGUUCGAAAACGUAUUCAUCAACGUUAUGCUCAUCGAUCACCUGAUCCGAAUGAUACGUAA